CUUCCUCAUCUCUCUCACUCUCUCACACACCCACACACAAAAGAUGUCUAGUGUGAAAGAACUAGUAGAAAGAGGCUGCCUCACAUCCAUUCCAUCCAAGUUUGUUUUGGCGCAGAAUACCAAUGAUCUCAUGCUUUUAGGAGGAGGAGGAGAAGAAGAAAUCCCCGUUGUCGACUUUUCCCACUUUUCAGGAAGUGCAAAACAACAGGCCAAAGUCAUCCAAGACAUUGGCUAUGCAUGCCAACAAUGGGGAUUCUUUAUGCUAAUCAACCAUUGUAUGCCAGAGAAUCUGGUAGAUGAGAUGUUGAAAGUUGGUCAAACUUUUUUUGAACUAUCAGAGGACGAAAAGAUAGAGUACACUGGGAAACCACUGUUUGAUCCUGUAAGAGAAUUUUCACAAGAAUACUGCAAAAGAGCCCGUGACAUCGCCGGCGAAUUGCUCAAAGGGAUAUCAUCAAGCUUGGGAUUGGAAGAAAACUACAUAAAUAAAGAAAUGGAGGUUGAAUUUGGGUUACAGCUCCUGCUUAUGAAUCUCUACCCACCUUGUCCACAGCCAGAAGUGGCUAUGGGGAUGCCUCCUCACUCGGACCAUGGCCUAUUGACCCUACUAGUACAAAAUGAGGAAAAUGGCUUUCAAGUGCUACACAAUCAUAAAUGGGUUCCAAUUAAACCCCUAGCCAAUUCUAUUCUUGUCAACACUGGCGACCAUAUGGAGAUACUGACUAAUGGAAAAUACAAGAGUGUGUUACACAGAGCAAUGGUUAAUAACAGAGCAACCAGAAUAUCCAUAGGAACAGCAAUUGGACCACCACUUGAGAGAAUCGUACCCCCUGCCAAAGCCUUGGUGGAUACUGAAAUAAGUCCAGCAGCAUACCGUGGAAUCAAAUAUAGGGAGUACAUAGAGCUUCAACAAAGCAAUGAACUCAAUGGUAAAUCUUGCUUGGAUCGAAUCCGAGUUGACGUAAGUUAGUGAUGCUUUGUAUGUGUGUGUCACACACUUACAAAUGUCUAUCAUAAAAGAAAUUGUAACAUGGUGUUGUGACGAAUAUUUUGAAACUAUAGUUGACAUGUAAACAAAUGUGUCAGCUUUAUUUAGGUUUUUUUUUUUUUUUUUAACUUGCGUCUAGUAAUUCGUCGAGACUAAUGGUCUUGUAACCACAUAAUAAUUUCUCCUAUUAUAGGACUCGAAUCAAAUUGCUCACCUUUUCUCC